AUGAAGAAGGAUGAGUCGUUGCGGCAAAGCGAACGAUUGAGGACGUUGUAUUCGAGUCAAAACAAUGAUGCUGAGGUGUCAAAACUUCGGGAACUGUUAGUGGAUUACGAGCGACGUAUCGAUGAUACAAGUGUACGAUUGGAGCAGCUCAAUGCGGAUGUGAAGGAGCGAGAUGGCAGUUUAUUUCUCGCUGAUUUAACCGAAGAAAACAACGUGUUGGUUGAGGAUAAUAAACAGGAACGUGAAUUUUCAACGUUAACCAAGGCAAAGUAUGAUGAAUUGAAAGUGAAAUUCGAACAAAGCUCAUCGGCACUGAUCGAAAAAGGUAAGGAUUGUGUGCGACUCAGUGAGGAAAUCGAGGAAAUCAAAGCAGAUCUAUUAACAAAAUGUGGAAACAUCACGAGUAUGUUGUAUAUCUUUGGAAGUUACAUUUCCAGCUGA